UAUGCUUUCAACAUCAUUCCCCGCCAGCGUAUACAUAUACUCCUUCAUCUCUGCUCAUAACAUCGGUCCUCUGAUGCUUGAACUCUCAUAUGUCUUCUUUGUAUAAGCCAGAACGUCAAUGGAAGGUACGCGAUGGUUGCUACCGAUAAGCCUACCAUAGAACCUCAAGAGACGGCCAUCCUACCUCCGGCGAGUUCGCCAGUUCCCUCUCCCCCAAACGGUGGCAUUGCAGCAUGGCUGGGCGUGUUUGCUGGCUUUCUUUUGUUUCUCACUACCUGGGGCUUUUCGACGGCCUACGGCGCCUUCCAACACUUUUACCGGACGGAUCUCUUAAGAGACAGCUCACCGUCGCAGCUAUCGUGGAUUGGCACAGUCAAUGCCUUCUUUCUAAUUUCCACUGGUGUUAUUGCUGGCCCACUGUUCGACCGGGGUUUCCUAAUCCAUCUGAUGGUUGCCGGAUGCUUCUUGACUACGCUGGGCCUUAUGAUGUUAAGCAUUUCUCAACAAUACUACCAAGUACUUUUAUCCCAGGGUUUCUGCUGUGGGAUCGGUAGUGGGCUCAUCUAUGUGCCUGCCCUAUCCCUAGUGCUAACCAGCUUCACGUCGCGCAGGGGGAUUGCCCUCGGCAUGGUGACCUGUGGUGCCAGUAUUGGCGGCGUUUUAUUUCCCAUAAUCUUCAUGCGCCUGCAGCCUCACAUCGGCUUCCCCUGGACGGCUCGAGUCAUGGGAUUUAUUCAGCUAGGCUGUUCAUGUAUUGCAGUUCCUCUACUGAUGGCAACUACUAAGCCAAGACGCAGUUCCCCACGCCAAUUAAUCCAUUGGGAUGCGCUCAAGGAGUGGAGCUUCAAUGCCUAUGGAGUCGCUAAUUUUUUCAUGUUCAUGUCCUAUUUUGUGCCACUGUUCUAUGUGCCUUUCUUUGCCUCGCAGGUACUUGAGACUUCGACAGAUAUGAGCUUCUAUCUUGUGUCAAUCUUGAACGCCGGUUCUGCCGUGGGCCGUUUAGGGUCGGCAUUGUUGACGCAACGGUUAGGCGCUGGUAUGAUCUUGAGUGUAAGUGUUACCGCAUCGGCGGCUUUGAUUUUCGGUUGGAUUGGCGUCAGAACGCAAGCCUCCUUCAUCGCAUUUUGUGUAUUAUUUGGCAUCUCCUCUGGAGUUCUGAUAUCAGCAAAUCCUUUGGUGAUCGCGCACCCCGUUGUAUCGCCCUCUCCAGCUAUGAUUGGGACCCGUAUGGGUAUGCUGUGGUUUACAGCGAGCCUGGGAGUACUGAUUGGAGCACCUAUUGCGGGCGCGAUUGAGGGCCAUGGUGGAGGAAAUGGGUAUCUUGGGCUGCAGGUGUUCAGCGGUGCCAUCAUGGCCGGCGGGGGAAUCUUCUUGAUGGUGCCUCUACUGGCAGCCUGGCGAUAUGAUCGUCAUCUGAAAGAGCUAGAAUAGUGCAUCCGCUGAGAUCUGGGACAGCCCUGGGGUGAGCUUGGCUGUAAACACACAAACUCCCGGGUACUAUUUCACUGUUCAGAUCAGAUCAGAAGAAGCAUUUCAAGAAUCGUUUACGAUGCAUAUUAUCCCCUAAGCCUUUCUUUCCGGAUCAAGGAUAUCAGAUAUUCCGCUUUCUUACGAAUAUCAUCGUCAAGUGGAAUAUUAUUUAGGGUCACUUUACAUUGCGCUACUUAGUGGCAGACUUGCUUCGCUACCAGUACCUAAGCUGUCCGCUGAACAGAUCACUUGUCCCUGAACCUCAUUUCCAACCAUUGGAAUGAUCUCCCGUACUACAUGACUCUAAGCUUCAACAACUGAGGCA